AUGUGGAUCGCUCUAAACAUUUGCCUGUAUUUGUCCUUUAAUUAUAUCACUUCUACUUUAAUCUCAGACUCCUGUCAGCUCCAAGGACGCUUCAAGUUGAACGGGAUGUACCAGGAUGGAGACUUUAUCAUUGGAGGCCUGUUUGAGGUUCAGCACCUCAAAGUCUUCCCAGAACUUACCUUCAGAAUUGAGCCAGAACUGUCCCAGUGCGAAGAAUUCUACAUGGCAAGUUUCCAGCAGGCACUAACUAUGGUUUUUGCUAUAAAUGAGAUUAAUAAUGACAAGGAUCUGCUGCCUAACAUCACGCUUGGCUACCAAAUCUAUGACAACUGUUUAAGGCUUGGAGUGGCGUUCCGGGCUGCCAUAUCCCUGGUUAGUGGGACUGAGAAGUCUUUCUUAAACCUCAACUGCACUGGCCCACCUCCAGUGAUUGGGAUUGUUGGGGACCCAGGUUCAACUCAAUCUAUAGCAAUUUCAAGUGUCCUGGGACUGUUUCGAAUUCCUAUGGUUAGCUACUAUGCCACCUGCUCCUGUUUGAGUGACAGGAAAAAGUACCCCUCUUUCUUCAGAACAAUCCCCAGUGAUGCCUUCCAGGUGCGGGCUAUGGUUCAGAUCUUGAGGCAUUUUGGAUGGAGCUGGGUUGGUCUUCUCUAUAGUGAUGACGACUAUGGCAUCUACGCUGCUCAGUCCUUCCAUCAAGAAAUGCAGCUGUUUGGGGGUUGUGUGGCAUUUUCUGAGAUUUUGCCUUAUGAUAACAACCACAGGGACAUUCAACGUAUAGUAGGGAUUAUACAGACCUCUACUGCCAAGGUAGUUGUAGCGUUCUCAACUGAUUUGUCGUCCCUGAUGGAUGAGUUGUUGUUGCAAAAUGUGACAGGCAGGCAGUGGAUUGCAAGUGAGGCUUGGACAACAACACCUAUCCUACAAACUCCACAAUAUUUGCCUCUACUGGGGGGCACACUUGGCAUUGCCAUCCGUCGAGGACAUAUUCAGGGACUUCAUGACUUUCUGAUACAUCUCCACCCUGACAAUAAUCCAAAACACAGUACAAUAAAAAUUUUCUGGGAGAAAAUGUUUGGAUGCAAGUUUGAGGCUUUAGAUGCACAAGAGGGAACCAAAUGUUCAGGGCAAGAAGAUCUGAGCAGCACAGAAACAGCAUACACUGAUGUAUCAGAGCUGAGGGCCUCAUAUAAUGUGCAUAAGGCAGUUUAUGCCCUGGCACAUGCACUACAUGACCUUAUGCAGUGUGAGGAGGGCAGAGGACCAUUCAGUGGGAACAGUUGUGCCGACAUAACCAACCUGAAACCCUGGCAGUUGGUUCACUACCUACAGAAAGUGAACUUCACCACAGGUUUUGGGGAUCAUGUGUCAUUUGAUGAGAAUGGAGAUGCUCUGGCCAUCUAUGAUGUGAUGAACUGGCACCCAAGGUCUGAUGGAUCGAUCAUUGUCCGCACAGUUGGUGUGGUAAAUGAAGGGGUGACAACAGGGAAGGUGCUCACACUGGAUGAAGAUGCAUUAUAUUGGAACUUUGAGACAAAAAAGCCCCCACAGUCUUUGUGCAGUGAGAGCUGCCCCCCAGGCACCAGACGAACUAGGAGGAAAGGCUUUCCUAUCUGCUGUUUUGACUGCCUGCCAUGUGGAGAUGGAGAGAUUUCUAAUACAACAAAUUCACCCGAAUGUUUCAUGUGUCCAGAUGAGUUUUGGUCGAGUCCAGAAAAUGACCACUGUGUUCCUAAAGAAGUGGAAUUUCUAUCGUAUGAAGAUCCCCUGGGAAUUUCUCUGACCACUGCUUCCCUCUUAGGCACUAGUUUCUGUGCUCUUGUGAUGGUCAUCUUUGCUCAUCAUCGUAACACCCCUGUAGUGCGUGCAAACAAUUCAGAGCUCAGCUUCCUGCUGUUGUUGUCACUCAAACUGUGUUUUCUGUGUGUGCUGCUGUUCAUUGGCCAGCCACAGUCGUGGACGUGUCAGUUAAGACAUGCUGUGUUUGGCAUAAGCUUUGUCCUGUGCAUUUCCAGCAUCCUGGUCAAGACUAUGGUGGUAAUAGCUGUGUUCAAGUCCUCUCGACCUGAGGGCAAAUCUGCCAUAAAGUGGUUUGGUUCAGCACAGCAAAGAGGAACAGUUUUGGCCCUAACUUCUACACAGGUAGCAAUAUGUACAGUCUGGUUAUCUACUGCAUCCCCGACACCCCAUAAAAACAACCAGUAUAUCAGAUCUAAAAUAGUAUAUGAAUGUGCUGUUGGAUCAGUGGCUGGUUUUUCUGUGCUGCUGGGAUACAUUGGACUGUUGGCAGCUGUAAGUUUCCUGUUAGCCUUCAUGGCAAGGAAACUUCCAGAUAAUUUUAAUGAAGCAAAAUUCAUCACUUUUAGCAUGCUGAUCUUCUGUGCUGUGUGGAUUACGUUUGUCCCAGCAUAUGUGAGCUCACCAGGGAAAUAUGCAGUGGCUGUGGAGAUUUUUGCCAUACUGGCUUCCAGUUUUGGAUUACUGGUGGCCAUAUUUGCUCCAAAGUGCUACAUAAUUAUAUUACACCCAGAAAGAAACACUAAAAAAGCCAUUAUGGGAAGAUCAACCCACAAGAAAUAG